AUGGAGGACUCCGAGGCGAUGGCGCAGCUGCUCGGCGUGCAGUACUUCGGCAAUGAGCAGGAGCAGCAGCUGAGGCAGCCGCCGGCGACGUACUGGCCUGGCCACGAGGCGGCCGACCAGUACUACGGUUCAGCGCCGUACUGCUACAUGCAGCAGCAGCAGCAUUACGGUUGCUACGACGGCGGCGCGAUGGUGGCCGGCGACUUCUUCGUGCCGGAGGAGCAGCUGGCCGACCCGAGCUUCAUGGUGGACCUGAACCUCGAGUUCGAGGACCAGCACGGCGAUGCUGGGAGCAGCGGCGCCGCCGCCGCCGGUGGCAAGAUGACACCGGCCUGCAAGAGGAAGGCUGAGGAUCACAGGGACGAGAGCGCCACCACGGACAACGUCUCGAGGAAGAAGGCGCGAUCCACGGCGGCGGCAGUGCAGAAGAAGGGGAAGAGCGCGCAGUGCAAGAAGGCGCAGAAGGGCGCGUGUAGCCGAAGCAGCCACCAGCAGGAGAGAGAUGGCGGCGGCGACGGCAAUGUGCAGAGCUCGAGCAACUACCUCUCUGACGACGACUCGCUGGAGAUGACCUCGUGCAGCAACGUGAGCUCGGCGUCCAAGAAGCCGUCGUCGACGGCAGCCCAGCACGGCGCGAAGGCGAGGGCGGGGCGCGGGGCGGCCACCGAUCCGCAAAGCCUCUAUGCCAGGAAGAGGCGAGAAAGGAUCAAUGAAAGGCUAAAGAUACUGCAGAAUCUUAUCCCGAACGGAACCAAGGUGGACAUCAGCACGAUGCUUGAAGAGGCAGUUCACUACGUCAAGUUCUUGCAGCUCCAAAUCAAGCUUCUGAGCUCGGACGACAUGUGGAUGUUCGCGCCGAUCGCUUACAACGGGGUCAACGUCGGCCUCGACCUCAAGAUCUCCCCGCCGCCGCAGCAGCAAUGA